GGGAGGAUACUUGUGUUGUUUUAUUCGUUAAUUCCAUAGUGCCUCUUUGACUUUUUACAUUCGUUUGGUAGCAGAUUCCAAAGGAAAAAUAUUCUGGAACUCAAAACUGAUCUUUAUUUAAAGUUGUAGAAAUCACGCUGUUCUUCCAGCAGAAAAUGAUGGGAAAUUAGCGCCUUCUGAUCACUUCUGAGAUUAUUUGAGCUACUUGAUCAACCUCGGGGAGUUUUUCUUACAGAAACAGUCACUUUGGAUUUGCAGAAUGGCAAUAAACACCGAUACGGAGUUUGCGAAAUCCAACCUGGGGGAGAGCGGCGGCACGCAACCGGCCGAGUCUCACGAGACCGAAAAACUUCUCACGACCACCGAUCUUGUCGGGGUGAAGACCUCCAGCUCGUUCACCGUCAGUGUCGGGGGUGACAAGGCUCUCGAUGCGGAUCAGAACGGCCACAAUUUACCGCUGAGAUCCGGAUCAGCGGGGCAGCUCGGCGCGGCUCCCCUCUCCCCAUCCCCAGUCAGCCUGAGCCGCACAUCAUCCACCGGCAAUGCCGCCCAAGAUCAGCAGAAACCAAAGGACUACCUCAUAUUGGUCAUUUUAUCCUGCUUUUGUCCAGUGUGGCCGCUGAGUAUCGUUGCAUUGGUCUAUUCAAUAAUGUCCAGAAACAGUCUACAGCAGGGGGACAUGGAUGGGGCAAGGCGCCUGGGACGCUUGGCUCGGCUGCUUAGCUGUGUGUCUAUCAUUCUGGGCCUCCUGAUUAUCAUAAUCUACGUGGUGGUUGCAGUAACCGGAAAAAAAUAAGGAAGAGAAACACGUAUCUACAGCACUGCAAAAUAGUCACCCAUGAUGUAAUUAAAAUAAGAAAAUAAUGCCUCAGAAGUAAAAAAAAAAAAAAAAAAGGAAUUGCGAAUUAAAUUAGAUACAAAUAAAUAGCAAAAAUGCAUGCGGUAGGUUAGCAUGCUCAUUGAAAAAGAAAACAAAGAUCCCGUACGUUAUAAAGAACAGUGAUGGCUUGUAUUAUGUAAAUGAGACACAUUGCUGUUUCAGCAAGAACUCGUUUGAGAAUGACAAAGGAUGAGGGGACUUCUAUGCACAGAUGGCAUUAGCAGAAUCUUUGAAAACACGAAGAUGCCCAGCAAGCUGCAUUUUAACCUUAUAUUACUGCUGGUUGAUCUUGCAUUCAAAAAUUAUGCACAGAUAUAUUUGCAAUAUAAAUAGAUGUUAAAGAUUUAUAAGAGGAGCUUAAGGUAUGGGAAUGAACUUGGGUUGACAGGACUGUUAGGCAAAGACCAACGUCAGACUCAAAUGGAAAUAGUGUAUUAAGAUAGUCAACUCGGGUUUGGAGUUUUCAUUUUUGUUUAUUUAUUUUGUAUAGGUUUUGAUUACAAAAAGUGACCAAAAUGACCAAUUGCAUGCCUGAUCUUGUAUGUUAAUAGCCAACUGUCAGCAUUUUUCUUUACAAUCUUUUUUUGGAUAAAAUACUGUGAGUAGUGGAUGUCUAAAUAUUGGAAUGUACAUCAUUGUCAGUGUGUGUCCAGUGCAAGCCUUGCCAUCUUCUCUCAGUGGGACAAAAUUCAUUGAGAGCUCUUUCUUAGCCUCCAGGUACUAGUAUAGUUCCCCUCAGAGAGGAAAGACUGUAAUAUUAUGCAUGCCGGCCCUCUGAUUCCUGACAAAACUACUGGAGCAUGGACAUUCAUCCAGAGGCAUGCAAAGGCCAGCACCAUUUUACCCUCUGUGCCAAGACCUUCAUAUUGGUAUGCUAAACGAAUCACAGGACUGUUCACCUUUGUUCCAGGAUAGAAUGCCAGUCUCCCCAGAGUCAUAAGACUCUCCAAUUAACCCUUAGAAAUAUGAGAUAUAUAUCAACAUAUUUAUAGAAAUAUUUAGGCAUGCUGUGGGUAGACUAUACAACACUUUUCUAUCUUCACCUAGAAUGACAAAGAGCUUGUCUGUAAGGGAUUUGCUUUAAUAUGACACAUUUGCUAGUGUUUGUUGGAUCUUUGUGAUUACUAAUCCAUCAUGGACACAAUGAUAUAAAUAAUACAAUUUAGUCAAAAUUACAACAAUUAAAUAGGAGUCGGAAAAUCUGAGGUACAGCAGGGGACAUCUUACAGAAACAUUCUAAAUAUCCUAAGUUAUCUACCUUGAACUUGUCAAAUGCUAAAUCAAAGAAUGUUCUUGGUGCAAUACUAGUUAAACUCAAACAAAAGCAAUUGUGACAUAUAUUACCACAAAAAAUAAUUUCUACUCAUCCCUGGUUUAUAAUAAAAAAUUAUAUAAGAAAAUGCAGUUACAGUAAGGCACUUACAAUGGAAGCAAAUGGGGCCAGUCCAAGUAAAUAUAGUGUGAUAAAAUCAGGGAUUUACUGGCAUUUAGCCAUUUACCAGAUUACAUGGUUUACCAACAUUACGUUGUCAUGACAACUACAUUUUAAUAUUGGAUAUAACUUUACCCAGAUAAGGUUAGUAAGCAAUUUCUUCAUACUAAAAUCAUGUUAACAUGUAUAAUGUUUAUGUCUUGUGGCUAUACUUUUGAAACAGUGUGUAUUUUAAUAUUAAUGGACUGGAUACAUUCACUUCCACUUUAAGUAUCUUAUUGUAACUGCGAUUUUUGCUUUUUAAAAAAUUAAAUAAUGAGGGACGAUUCAAAAUUAUUUUUGGUGGAAAGCAACAUUAUGUCAUAAAUGUUUAACUUGUAUUGAACCAGGAACAUUCUUUUAAGACAGGAAGUGUCUGUAAUAUGGCCUCAGAUACAGUACAUAACAUCUGGUUAGUUCAGCUGGAAAUGAAAUUCAAACACAGCAGGAUACUAAUUCUUCCCAGAGCGGAGUCUAAUGGUUUGCUUCAUUGUUACUGAAUUAAUUAUUUUAAUAACCUCUAAUCUAGUGUCAUAGAUUUCAAAGAAGUUUUAUCACAGUUAUCAUCAAUAUUCUGAUAAUGGUAAGGAUCAGUCUCAUAUCUUAUAAAUAUGUUUUGUCUACCACAACUUUGGUUUUGUGUUGUAAAUGUAGCUAUGUGUCCUAAAUCAUCUGUUUUUUACAUAUCUUUCCAUAAAUAAAAUGUUAGCACCUACACACUCAAAGGUAUAGUUCACACAAAAUGAAAAUUUGGUCACAAAAGAUGUUAGGCACAAUGUUAGCCUCAGCCACCAAUCACUUUCCAUUGUAUGGAAAAAAAGAUGUAAUGAAAGGGAAUGGUGACUGAGACUAAUAUUCUGCAUGUGUUCAGUAGAACAGAGUAAGUAAUACGGACUUGGAGGAACAUGGGGGUCAAUAAAUGAAAGAAUUUUCAUUUUUGGGUGAACUAUCCCUUUUUUUAAUUUAAUUUAUAAAACAUUUAAAUUUCAGCUGGACUUAAUUAUGUUUUACUAAUCUAGGCAAAUGCUCUUUUUUUCUGAAAAUAUCAGAUGCAUUUUUUCACUAUAGAAACCAAUUAUUUUAUUAUUUUGUUCAUAAAAAAAUGUAUGCCAAUAUGAAUGGGAUGCAAAAAUGCUGCUAUGAUUCUUUUAAAACUGUGAUUUAUUAUGUACAAAUUUUGGAACCUUGGAUCACUUGUAAAUCUAUGUUUUUCAUAGUUAUUGUGUACCUUUGCAAGUGUGAAAUAAACAUUAACAUGCAUGGUCCACAAUUUGCUUGCAGUUAUAAUUCUUGGCAGAGGAAAUUAUUACUUUAGCAAGAAAGUAAAAAAUGAAGCUUUUCACACAAAGAAACACAGGAAGACAGUACCUUAGUCUCUCUCUUUCAAACCUUCCUACAUAAAACCAAAUAUACACAAUAUUCAUUUGUCAUGCUCCUGACUAUUGCUGUUGUAAAUAAUGCAUAGCUAAGGAAAUAGCACAAGAUCUACUGGCUGAUUUUGCACUUCCCUGCUUCUCUGAUCUCCAAGUAUGGCCUUCUGCCCAAACACACUCCAGCACUCAGCACUAAUAGCACUCUAUCACUCAGAAAGUGACACAAAGUGUUUAAAAUAUACAUAUAUCUAGUCAUGAGCUUGAAUGAAAUCAAAGAGUUAAAAUUAGUAAUUCAGAAUCGGGUUCUGAAAUGGAUUUAAUAGAUGGGAGAAGAAACAAGCAAGGUAUAAAUGUACAGUCAGUCAGCCGGUAACUAAAGCAAAAUAAACAAAAUACACUGAAUAUUUUAUUAGAGACUUUAUUUUAUUAAGACUUUAUUACCAAUGCUGAACUAGCCUAAAUUACUCUUCAUAUUUAGUUUUUAAUUCAGCUCUCAACCAGCUAGACUUGCCUUUACAUACACUGGGUUACAUUACCAUAAUCCCUUCAAUUGUACCAAGGCUUGCUGAGUGGCUAUUAUCACUGCUUUUGUCAUGUAGACAAGUAUCAACAUCCUUUGUUCAUCCUGUAACAACAUUAUUAACCAACAACCAAUCAAUACCCACUUAGAUAAAGGGUAGAGUUAGGGCAUUGAACAUCAUUCCUAUUAUGCCCAGUGUCUUUACUUAGUUUUAGUUUAGUUUAAUGGCUAUGAUUGGUUAGUAGGAUGUUGCUCCUGAACAUGUCCUACUUUAAGUUCUGCUUUCAACAGCAGGAUAAGUCUCAAGAUUGUGAGAUCUGUCUUGCAAGUCUCACAUAGAGACUCUUUUUAUAUCAAGACCAAACAUCCUAGCUCUUAGCAAAAUCAAAUGAGUUAAGACUUACAAUACAGAUAACAGUGGUGGUCCAUAAACAAAGACAAACUGAUUUGCAACACAAUGUACAGCAUGUACAUUACUUACUACAGUCACCCUAUAGUAACUUUAUAUUAAGUACUUUGCUCAAGGGCACAACGGUGACAGAGCAAGACUGCGAUCUUUGUAGAAGUCUCAAGUUUCAGGUUCACCCUGAUGACUCAGCAUCUAUUACUUUUUGGCCAGCAGCCCAGGAAACAAAGUAUUAUAUGACCCCCUCAUCCUAUACACAUAACUCACACAUUACUACCCCUCUGUUGUUCUAGAUGGAAUUAAGCAAAGAAGGUUUCAGUUUUAUAGUGUCAGGUCCAGAGAAUAGAUGUUUUCCUGUGCCAGGCCAUUAUGGUACCUUCGACUCUUGUGGAAGUACCCCAUUGUACAAAGGUGCCUCUGUUUGUUCCUGGCAGGCAGCAGAUGCCCAAACCCUGACCCACCCCAAUCCUAACCAUACAGAGCCUGUAAAGCAGAGUACCCUGCCAGGAACACCUGAGGCACCUUUCUCCCAUCACGGAAAGGCCUCAGGCAAACAGAAUCCACCAGCUUGAAGUACAGUGGUACAGCAAAAAUGUGCUUCCCCAAAUGUGGCAGAAAACAUCAAAAAUGUAUUGGUACAAAGGAGAGCAGCUGCUCAGUUGGCUGCCUCAGCGGUACGGACUAUUUUUAUGGAUGAGACAUCACAAUUUGUCAGCACAAGAGGAAAGGAGAAAUAGGCACUGACAAUUGGACACAAAGACUAAUGUGAGCCUCACUUGGCUUCCAAUCCUUACUCCCCUUCAAGUCCUCCCUCUGCUCUCUCCUACACCCAACACAAGUGUGCUGGCCUUUCCUCUACAUGCAAUCACUGUGCUAGUUUUUCAUUUCCUGGAUCGAUUUACUUCAACUUGUAUAUUCAUCAUGUUUAAAGCUCUGGUCUGCUUCCCUCACUCAUGCUCCAGUUCAUUAGGAGAAGCUGUUUGGAUGUUAGUCAGUGGAGACCAACAUCUGUGAGGGCUAUAAGCUGAUCCAUGAUAGGUAUGGCAGUACUGGAAACUGUUUUGGGCAUUUACACAUUUACAGCCAAAGCAUAAAGUAACAGCACCUUGAAAUAGACGGUUAGACAGGUCAUGAGCUAAAAUAUAUUAAUUUUAUUUUUGGACUCCCAAAACUCCUUUUCCACUGUAGAAAUAUCUAAAAAAUAGAAGCUUUAGGAGGACAAAUCUCUAGUGUUUGAGACACAUUUUUUAAUAUCCUGUAUAUUAAUAAUUUAGUAAUUCACAAAGUACACAGCAUGAUGAGAAACCCUCUUGCUAAAAGGACCAUCAAUUUAAAACCCUCUUCCGAUUUAGUAAUAUACAGGAACAACGCAAUGCCGGGUUGAUGCUUCUGAGCAUCACUCUUUUCUCAAAGACAUUUUGUUUUAAUAUGCACUUUGAAAUCAAUUCCCGUUAGUAAUUUGGUCUCCAGUCCCAGUUCACAUUUGAACUGCAAAUUGUUUGUAGUACAGAAACAGCAAAAACAGGCUGUCAGAGCUAAACCCCUCCCAUUGCUAAAUACAAAUAAAGAUCCAUGCUGGCCAAUCAAUCCUGUUACCAGACUAGGCCAAGUGGGCAUCUGCAUUGUGGCCCAAAUUGUUCACCUUUCAUU